ACAGAAGGGAGAAACCAGAGGUUUGUGUGAGAGAGAGUGCAAUGGAGAAUUGGAAGAAUUUAAUGCACGUAUUUGUGACGAUAUUUUUAUCAAAUUUUGCGUCGUUGAUAGUGAAUCCGACAAUCGCAGACGUCACCAUGGAAGCUGUAUGCCCCGGAAAAGAUGAAUGCUCGCUCUCCAUUUAUCUCUCUGGAUUCCAACAAGCUAUUUCAGGAUUGGCUUCUGUGGUUAUGAUGCCAUUGAUUGGAAAUUUAUCCGACACCUAUGGUCGAAAACUCUUGCUCACAAUCCCUUUAACCCUAGCAAUUAUCCCUUUUGUAAUAUUGGCUGUGAAGAGGACGACGGAGUUUUUCUACGUGUACUACGUCGUGAAGACUCUAACGUCUAUAGUAACGGAUGGUGGCAUCAUUUGUCUCACGCUCAGUUAUAUGGCUGAUAAUGUGUCGGAGGGAAAGCGUGUAUCUGCAUUUGGGAUAUUUUCCGGUGUGGUUUCAGCUGCAAUGGUUUGUGGAACAUUAACUGCUCGAAUUCUUCCCACAGACCGUAUUUAUCAGGUAGCGGCAGUUAUAGCCGUUGUGGCGGCAGUUUACAUGAGAAUCUUUCUUGAGGACGACCGACGAACGGGCUGCCGUAAAAACGAGCAGCCAAUGCUGAUGUCAGCAACCGAAGGAGAUGGAAACGAGCCGUUGAAGACCAACGAUUUGAUCAAGUUGCCAAAGGACAUGUAUCGAUUGUUCAAGAGCAGCACUACUAUGUCACUGGCCUCGUUUGUUGCCUUCUUCAACAGCCUUGCUGAGGCAGGAAUUUCUGCUUUCUUGAUGUAUUUCUUGAAGGCGCGCUUCCAUUUCCAGAAAGAUCAAUUCGCUGAUAUAUGGCUUAUUACUUACACUGCAGCAACCUUCUCAAGCAUGGUCUUGAUGCCUCUGCUGGGUCCAAUUAUAGGAGAGGAAACGCUUCUAUGCAUAGGACUUUUUGCAGGAUUCUGGCAGAUGCUGCUUAACAGCAUAGCUUGGGCACCUUGGGUCGCUUAUGCUUCUGCCUUCUUGGGAGUCUUCCUAUUCCUAGCAAGUCCUAGUAUAAGGUGCAUCAUCUCAAGAAAAGUCGGGCCUCACGACCAGGGGAUUGCUCAAGGAUCUCUAAUGGGAAUAGCUUCAUUAGCCAAUGUCGUAUCUCCAUUAAUCUUUAGCCCUCUUUCUGCUUUGUUCCUAUCCGAUGAUGCCCCAUUCAAUUUCCCCGGCUUCAGUAUUUUCAGCGUCGGUCUUGCCUACCUUGUUGGUUUCUUUCUUAGUGCGGUGAUAAAAAUUCAACCGCAUUGGUCAAAAAACAGAGCAUGCAAUCAGCCCUCUUUGUUGGCCUAAUUAAAGGUUAAAAUUCAUAUAUAUACUCCAUCGGUUCUAAUAAUAAUGUCCCAAAUUUCUUUUUUGGACAUUUUAUUUAUAAUAUUUCAACUCAAAAAAAAAUCAUUUUAUUUACUAUCU